GAGAGAGAGAGAGAGGGAGGGAGAGAUGCCACAGGCUAAGCACACGCUCCUUCAGUCAGGUGUUUUUUUUUUUUUUUUUUAGCCUCUUCAGUCUUGCAGGUACAUGACAGCCGUAUGAAAAACCGCAAAGACAAAAGAGGCUUCAUUUGAAUGUCUCCAUCUCAACAUCCGCUGUGCACAACGAUGUAACGCGUCGCGCGGGUUUGUUGACGGUCUGAUGCGGGGCUGCUGUGGAGCUGUCCGCGGUGCUGAACCGCCGCUGUCCGCGGUGCUGAAAUCGAGCUCUUCAGUCCCACAGCAACAUUCAUCGACGUGAAUGCAAGACCAGCGGAGGACAUUCACAUCUAGCCAGCGUGGAAAGUAUGAGGAGGGAUUUCAUGCCCACUCCGCUGCUCAUAUUGAGCUGUUUUGGAGCAUCGUGGUUCUUGGCUGAAAGUUUGGAUGCUCCAGUGAACGUGUCCAUCAGAGAUCUAAAGGUCAGCUCUGCUGUGGUGACAUGGGACAUCCCAGAUGGGGAGCCAGUCAUCGGCUUCGCCAUCACACAACAGAAAAAAGAUGUUCGCAUGCUGCGCUUAAUCCAAGAAGUGAACACUACCACACGGAGUUGUGCAUUGUGGGAUCUGGAGGCAGAUACGGACUAUAUAGUACAUGUUCAGUCUAUCAGUACAAGUGGGCCGAGUCCCCUCAGUGAACCGCUGCGUUUCAAAACCCCCAAAGAAGCUGAAACACAGGCCUCCAAGAGCAAAGACGAAGUGACCAUGGAAGAAGUGGAUCAGAAUGCUCAGCUCCGGGCAGGAGAGCUCAUCAUCAUUGUGGUGGUUCUGAUCAUGUGGGCAGGUGUGAUCGCGCUCUUCUGCCGUCAGUACGACAUCAUCAAAGACAACGAGCCCAACAAUAACAAGGAUAAAGCCAAGAACUCAUCCGAAUGCAGCACCCCUGAGCAUCCAUCAGGCGGCCUGCUGCGCAGUAAGGUAUAACCGCUGCCCUGUGAGAGUUCAGACCACACAGGCAGUUCCCCAAGAACAACAACAAUAACCGAACACCAUCUGUGAACAUUAUCAAAGGGUGACAGGAAUAGUUUCUGCUUCAAUGGAUUCCACUUUUACCACACGGCUACAGAGGCCAUAUGUGCUCAUCCUCAAAACAGGAAGCAGGAAUAUUGGAAGUUUCCUGAAAACAGCUGGAAUAAUCCUGCCGGCAGAGCUAGCAUCUGAAAGAGAAGCCAGAAAGGUGAACUUUCACACAGGCCCACUCUGGCUCCAGCAGUUUGGAAAUUAGACCAAAUCUGUGGCUUUUCGGGGACAGGAGAAAAAGACCCUUCUCAGUUCUCUUUAUCGCUUUGCAAGCAACUGGUGUCGGCGAAGAAAUCCGCACCCAUUAAAAAUUAUCUCUUUUAAACUUUUAAACUCUUGAGCUUUGCUCCUUUAUCUGGUUUUCUCUUUUGCCCAAUUCAAAUGGCAUGAUCCACAUUCCUCUCAAUGGUGAUGAAGACUUUAAUAAUAAAGUAAAUCUGUAGUAAGCCUAUAAAUACAGGACAUAUAUUUCCAGCUAACAAAAAAAAUAUGUUCUCGGAACAUUUUGCUAACAUUCCUAUGUUACAAAAAUGUUACAUCUGUUCUCUGAACAUUCAAAAUGUCCAAGUUUUGUGGGGUUACAUGAACACUAAGGGAACAUUCCAUUUUAGAAUUUUGCAAACAUUGUUACUUUUGAAUGUUCUCUGAACAUUCUGAAACAAGUAGUAACAUUUAAAAAAAUGUUAGAUGAAAGUCUAAAA